UUGACACAGUGAAGCAGAUUGUUCUUAUCAAAUUUCAGUUAUACCGCAUAGUAACUAGUACGAUUCUGAAGGACACCAUGUUGUCGAGGACAUGCCUUCUUUCUUUGAUUAUCUAAAUCCUAAGGUGGAUGUAAUGAUGAGAUACUCGCCCAAAAAAUAAAAACACUUAGAUAGCUGUGACAAUGAAAAACAAUUUGAGAGGACCGUGUCCCUACGGUACUGCAAACUGGCUCUCUAAGAUUACAUUCUGGUGGGCUUUUCCUCUGUUCCGUUAUGGUUUUCGCCACCCCCUGACACAGGAUCAUCUGUACGAUGUCUUACCAGAGGACCAGUCCGACUUGUUAGGGGAUCGCAUGGAAAAAUCCUGGAAUGCCCAUUUGAAAAAAUGUGAAGAUAAAGGGAAAAAGCCAAGUUUGUACUGGGCAGUGAUUGCAGAGUUCAAAUGGGAGUGGGGCAUUAAUGGCAUCUUUCUUGUUGCCUCUGAAGGUAUCAGAAUUACCCAGCCCUACCUGAUUGGUCGGAUCAUCUCCUACUUCCAGCCUGGCUCCACCUUGUCACAAACCGAGGUGUACAUCUACGCGACGGUGGUGGCAGUCAGCCACAUUCUACAGCUGAUCGUCAAUCCCAGAUAUUUCUUCAAUUGCGAUCACAUUGCUUUGAAAAUGAAAGUAGCUGUGGCUAGCCUCAUUUAUAGGAAGAUACUCAAAAUGAGCAGCUGGUCAAAACAUUCCACAACAUCAGGAAAAAUAAUCAACCAUUUGUCAACGGACUUAGAGAAGUUUAGAUAUACGAUCGACAGCUUCCAUUUUUGUUGGCUGGGUCCCCUGGAGAUUGUGGCUAUCCUGUACUUGUUGUACCAACAGAUAGGUCUGGUCAGCUUCCUUACUCUAGCUGUCACCCUAGUUCUCCUACCCCUACAGUUCAUGCUGGGAUGGAUUUAUGGGAAAUUGAGGAUGAAGAUAGGAGCUGCAGGAGACAAAAGGAUCCAUUUGAUGAACCAGAUAAUCGCUGGAAUGAGAGUGAUCAAAAUGUACUGCUGGGAAAAACCAUUCAGUGAAAUUGUAUUUAACAUCAGAGGGUGGGAAGUCUCUGAGAUAUGGAAAGCCAAUAUUGCCAAGUCCAUCAACAUUGGAUUGUUCCAGAGUGCCUCUGUGGUCAUCAGCAUGGCCCUGUUUGGAACAGCGUGGUACACGGGGGUUCCCCUGUCUGCCCAGAGGAUCUACAGCACCCUGGGCUGGGUCUUCUGUCUGCGACUGACCAUCUUCCUCUUCAUGAUGUACCUGGUGGAAGAUAACAAACAACUGGCAUCAUCCCUCAAAAGAAUACAGUCUUUCCUCACAGUAGAGGAUAUGAAGGUCUUUUCCGAGUCUGAAGGGACAACCAAGUCGAUGCAGAAGGAGGGUGUAUUUGUCUCUAUCAGGGACAUGACAGCCAGCUGGCUUUGGCACCACCCCCAGGACAAAGAGGGUGUAGCCGAUAACCUUCUGGACCAGGAGCUGAAUGAGGCAUUUUCUUUGAAGAAUAUUGACCUGGAAGUAAAAAAGGGAGAACUCCUGGCAGUAGUAGGACCAGUUGGUUCUGGAAAGACAUCUCUCCUGCUGAGCCUUCUUAAAGAGCUUCCAUCCGAGACAGGACAGGUGUGUGUGCAGGGUACGGUGGGGUACAUGGCUCAGACGCCGUGGGUCAUGUCCGGAACAUUUCAGGCCAACGUCAUGUUUGGAGAGAAUGUGGAGCAAGAGAGAUAUCGCAAGGUGUUGCAUGCUUGUGCUUUAUACAAGGACUUGGAGCUGAUGAGACUGGGGGACCAGACCUUGGUCGGGGAGCGAGGCUUGUUGCUGAGUGGUGGUCAGAAGGCCAGGCUCACCCUUGCAAGGACGGUGUACAGAGAGGCAGAUGUGUAUCUACUGGAUGAUCCGCUGGGGGCAGUGGACACAGAGGUUGGAAGUCACCUAUUCCAGAGGUGUAUUUGUGAGUUGUUGGAAGGGAAGACCAGGAUUUUGGUGACUCAUCAGCUGCAUUAUCUAAGGUCAGCUGACAGAAUUGUUGUUCUAGACGAGGGUAAAAUAGUUUGUGUUGGAACCUAUGAUGAACUGGUGAAACAGGGGACAGAAUUUUCCUCCAUCCUUACCAAGCAUGACAAAGACAUGGAAGAAAAAGACGAGAGACAAGAAAAAUUGGUCAAUGAACAACGGGAGAAGAACACUAAGGCGGUCGAUGACGGUGAAUUUGCGGAGACCGGGGGCAUUGGUUGGAAUGUGUACAAGGACUACUACCUCUCCGGUCGGCCAUGGCUGUAUCUACCACUGACCUUGUUCCUUCUCGUAAUAGCCCAUGCUGCUUAUGGAUAUGGAGACUGGCAUCUAGCUAAAUGGGCUGAACUCUCCGAUUCUCUGAACGUAAAGGCACAAAAUGGAUCCUAUCCGCUAUAUCCAGUGGUCAAUACAUUGAACCAAACACUGGGAUUAAACACAUUGUACAACAUAACACCCAUUCUACAGACCAACAACUCUACCCCUGAGGGGUCUCUGAUCAUCACCCAGGGAGACGAGUUGAUGCAGCAGUACCUGGUGGCCAUGUCUGUCUUUGUGGUGGGAAUCAGCCUCUUCAGCCUGGUGUAUUUCAGAAUGUCAGUCAUCAUCAGCAAGAGACUUCACAACAACAUGUUCCAAGUGGUGAUGGGGGCCAAGACUCAUUUCUUUGAUUCAAACCCUGUGGGUCGAAUAUUGAACAAAUUUGCAAGAGACUUGGGGUUGAUAGAUUCUGUCAUACCUUCAUUAACAAACAUCGUUUUAGAGAUAGUCAUUUGCUUGGCCAUGCAAAUUGGUAUAACCUUUAUCAUCAAUCCAUUCUUGCUGUUACCUCUAACUCCUUUGGUUAUUGUGAUUUACUUAAUAAGAUUGUUCUCGUUACCGACUACAAGAAAUAUGAAACGCUUAGAGGCCAUGACUCAGAGUCCUAUCUUCUCUCACAUCUCGGACACUCUGGUGGGACUCCAGUCAAUCCGAGCCCUGGGGAUGAGUCGGAAGUUCCUGCGGGAUUUUGACAUAUUCCAGGACCGACACACCAGCGCCUUCUUCCUGUUCCUGUCCGCAAACCGCUGGUUCAGUCUGCGUUCUCUUUUCUUCCUGGAUGUCUACUUUGUCCUUGUCAUCCUGUUGUCAUUGGUUCUCAGGGAUAUGAUUGGAUUAUCCGGGGGACUGUUUGGAAUGGCUCUGAACUAUUUGUUGACAAUGGCUGACCCUUUUGAGAUCAUGAUGAGGAUAUCUGCUGACCUUAACACACAGAUUCUAAUUUUAGAUGACAUCUGUGGAAAGAAUCAUAUCCUACACAAAGCUAGAACAGGAGGCCCCAAAAGUCUCCGAUUCCCCGCCCCCUUCCUCUUGGCCUCAAAUUGGGGAUAUUAAACUAGUCAAUGUAGGACUACAGUACUCAUCUGAUACCGACCAAGUCUUACACAAUAUAACCUGUCUUAUCAACAGCAGAGAGAAGAUUGGGAUUGUGGGAAGGACUGGAGCAGGGAAGAGUUCUUUAAUUGCAGCAUUACUGAGGUUAGCGGAGCCUACAGGGGAGAUUUAUAUCGACGAUGUUAACGUGUUAAAGAUCGGCCUCCACGAACUCAGAAAUAAAA